UUUCUUCUCCACGUCUCUCUAUCUAUAUAUUUUUCACCUUUCCUUUUCAUUUUCCUCUCUUCCUCUCCCCCUCUUUCCCUAAGCUCACCCACCACACCAUGUUAGAAUUUCCAGUCAACCUUAGCGGCGCCACCACUGCUUCCUCGCCUCCCUCCGAUCAUCACAAUCGGACGGUCGCCAGUGAAGUCGACUUCUUCUCUGUUGGAAACAAAUCGUCACCGCCACCCCAUCAUGUCGACGUCACCGACAUCAACCAAGAUAUAUCUCGUGUUGAAACCCCUUCCAAAUGUAAUCUCCACGUAAACACCGGUUUACAACUCCUUACUGCUAAUACCGGGAGUGAUCGAUCAAUGGUGGAUGAUGGGGCUUCAUCGGAUGUUGAAGAUAAGCUUGUCAAGAUUAGGGAGCAUGCACAAUUGCAAGAGGACCUUCAACACUUGAACAAUGAAAACCAAAAGUUGAAGGAGAUGCUCGACCAUGCGAGCAGUAAGUACACGAACUUGCAAAAUCUUGUGGUAUCAAUGAAACAGCAGAAGAACCAAAGUGCCGAGGGCACAGAAAAUGAGGUUGUUCAUCAAGGAAAAGCUGAGGAUAAAAACCAUGGGGUAGGUGGAGGAAUGGUACCUAGACAGUUCCUCGGUUUAGGUCGUAGUUGCACAGCGGAAGUAGAUGAUCAAGUAUCUAAUUCUUCUUCGGAUGAAAGAAAUCGAACAAACACAAAUCAGAACAAUAAAAACGAGAAGGAUAAGAAAGAGACUGGUCCAGACUCAGAAUCACAAGGUUGGGACCCGGAUAAGCUUCGUAAAUUGAACCCCACAAACGCCACGGAUCCAUUCACUACCGAAGCUACAAUGAGAAAAGCUCGAGUCUCAGUCCGUGCCCGAUCAGAAGCACUCACGAUCAGUGAUGGAUGCCAAUGGCGAAAAUAUGGACAAAAAAUGGCUAAGGGAAACCCUUGUCCUCGAGCAUAUUACAGAUGUACUAUGGCACUUGGUUGCCCAGUUCGCAAACAAGUACAACGUUGUGCGGAUGACAGAACAAUUUUGACAACGACUUAUGAAGGCACACAUAACCAUCCACUGCCACCUGCUGCUAUGGCCAUGGCAUCGACCACUGCAGCUGCUGCUACCAUGUUGCUGUCUGGUUCAAUGUCCAGUGCUGAUGGGAUGAUCAUGAAUCCCAAUUUGCUAGCAAGAUCUAUUCUUCCUUGCUCUUCUUCUAGCAGCAUGGUAACACUUUCAGCUUCAGCACCAUUCCCUACUGUGACAUUAGACCUUACACACAACCCAAACAACGCAUUGCAUUACCAAAGACCUCCUUCGAAUUCCCCGUUCCAAUUGCCGCAGGUGAUUGCACGAGCGCUCUAUAACCAAUCCAAAUUCUCUGGCCUUCAGAACGUGGGGUCUUCCCAAUUGGCUCCAACAGUCAGUGCCGCCACCGCAGCCAUCACCGCCGACCCUAACUUCACGGCAGCACUCGCAGCCGCCAUCUCAUCCAUCAUCGGCGGUGCUCAUCCAAAUGACAACGCCAGCAACAGCCGUAAUCCCAAUAUCAUCAACAGUGCUUCAAUCAAUAGCUUUUCAGGAAACUAAAGCUCCUUGGUUCUUUAUUUUUGUGUUCAUAUUGCUUUUGUCCAUGUCAUGGUAGGGUUUAGAAUAUAGCAGUUUCAUUAUUUCUUUAUUACUUCACCUUGAAUAGUUUGGAUUCCAAGUUUUCAGAGUAAAUAAUAGACAGGAAGAAAAGAAAUGUAACUUCUUCAUAGUUUUCCCUUUUCAUCUUAACUUGGUAUGCUUAUGUUCUGAAAAUAUUGAAAACGGCUACA